CCGCGUCGGAGAUAAAAAUCGUUAAAGUCCUGGUUGUUUUCAACUAUCGAAAAUAUCAUAAUGGGCACAAAUAUAAACUCAUACCGCAGUGAUUUGGUCGACCCAACGAAAGAUUUCUGUUACAUGGGAAAGGAUCACUUCAACUUUCCGUUAUGCUUUAUGUGCUUCUGCUAUUCACCGUUUCUAAUGUACGUCGGAGACAACCCACAGGUUCUUAAGUACCGUCCGCUCAAAAAUGGCGAUCAAAUAUAUUGUCCGCGCUGUAUGAUCGAACAAGAACAUUUCCAGACCCAGUUCCCUGGAGAGAAAGCAUUUAAGGAGAACAGUAUUCUUAACGAUGGGGAACUCAUGGAAAUGCUGGAAGAAUUCAUUUACCUCAAUCCGUAUUACAAGCAACUGGCCGAGGUAGAUCGGAUCAUCAUGACUGAACAGACGGGACUGCUCUCGUCUUAUAAAAAGAUUGCGAAGAAGGCCAUGCCAAAAAUGCAAAAAUUGAAACGACUGAUGAAAAUAUUUCCCGAUUCAUGCCGAAUGGCAAACCAAAAGUUUCCUACCAUGCAAGAUAUGUGCUUGACAAUCAAAGAAAAAUAUAUAAAUCUACGUUCGGAACCAGAUUCCUACCAACUAUAUGACAUGUUUGACACAAUGGCAGAGGAACAAACACCAACCGUCCAACGGGAAGAAAAUCGCAGACGACAAGUGACAUUUGUGCAACCUGCUCCUCCUCCUCCCCCUCCUCUUGAGCAGCAACAUGAACUACUAUCGACACCGUCAGUAGGGGAUCAGUCGGAUAUUAGUAUUUCAUCCGCUGAAAAUGUAACCGAAUCUGCUCUACCGGAGGUGGAGGCCGACGGUUUACGCUUAAUUGAUGAUCCCUCAUCAUCGUUGACGUCUUUGGAGUCUCAGGUGGGAGUAAAUAUAUCUUCUGAGGAAGUAACCCAAAGAGGAGUGAUCGAUAAUCCAUCAUCUCAAAGUACAACACACUCUACGCAACCUACGUUAUCGCAACCAGUGUCCUCUCAGUCCGUGAGCAACACCCACAGCUCUCGUGAAGUGAACGUGAGCUCUCAGAGUGUAGCAGGUGGACGAUUGACUAUCGAUGAAACUGUACAAGGGGAUACCAGUACCAGCAGCUCGAACAGUGAAACCAGCGUCAGCAAUUCUUCGGACACACGCCGCAAACGCUCCUCGGAUGCUGUGGCUUCGGACGAUGAUGAACCGGUACUUCUGGUACAGCCGCAGGAACCUCAGCCGGGACCGAGUGGUGUAAAGCGACGCCGUACCAAUGAAAGACCAGUGAUGAAUCCUUCUCCGGAGGAAUUCCAGCGAAAUCCAACAACUCGACUGCCACGGAUGGGCGGUGGUUGAAAGUGUGUCACUUUCAUCGAAUCGCCAUAAUAAGCUUCGUAUUUAUUUUUUCUCUGCAGCACAAAGUAAACGAUAACGUGUGCGUUCUGUUGUAAUUGUAUUUUUGAUAAGGAUGUAUAUAUUACAUAAACGAAAUUGUUCUUUUUAGCAUUAUAACAGGAUUUUUUAAAAGAAAUAUCUUCU